CUCUCUUUGGCUUUUCGACUUGCUCGAGGGGAGCAACGAUCGCCUCCGCAGAGGAGAAACUGCAUCUCUCUGCUGUUGUGUCACUCGGUCUCCAUUCACCAGUGAAUUGUUGUUCACACUGAUCUGGAUCCUGUGCUUCUAGCCGCCUGCAGUCCUGCAUGGCACCUUCUGCAGCUGGACUCCAUGAAGGCCUCUGUAGAGCUGGCAGUGUCGGGAAUUCAGCCCCUUCAGGUGCAACACAGGGGCAGAAACAGCUAUAGGGCCAAAGCCUCCUAUGUGGAUGAAACCCUAUUUGGCUCCCAUGCAGGGCGCCAGUCAUCAGUUGAGGAAUUUGAUCCCCCGUGGGUGGAGAAGCAGCCUGGACCCCGGAGACCCUUGCUGUGGAGCCCUGCAGCAACACAAUGGGAGGCUGACGCUGGCUCUUCGAAAGCCCCUGUACCACCCAGCACUCCAAGAAAGAAAAACAAGUACAGACUGAAAAGUCGAACGGCAUCCUACUGUGACGAAACACUGUUUGGCACAAAGUCAGGAGGACAGGAUGGAUCUGUUCCCUGGAUGAAGGAGGAUACAGCUAAGCUUCGCACUUUGAUUUGGACUCCGCCUUCCGCUUCCAGAAACCAUCCGAGGCUUCCUUCUUGUCAGAAAGGGGAACCGUUGAGAGUCGUUCAUCGAGAAACACCCAGAUCUCAGCAGGCUGGGGGGGUUGAGACACAAUAUAGAGAACACUCUUUUUGGAAGCACCCUGAGAAUAAUUCACACGAGAACAACAAGGAUGCCUUAGGCUGGAUGGGCUACCAGCCUGUUAGGCGGGUGUAUGGUGCCUCUGAAACAUUCCAACCACCAGAGACUGAUUCAAGGAUAAACAGACAGCAGGAUCGCCGCCUCCCAGAUGCCUCUGUGGCUUCCCCAGGAUCCAGGCCAUGCUCAAAGGGCAUAUCAAGGUCACCAUCUGCUAGGUUAUCAGGAGCUAUAGGCUCAUGCAAACCUAGGCCUCCCUGGAAAUAGAACUGCAACUCUAAAAGUGCCCACUGAAUUAUGGGAAUGUGCAUGGAGUAGAUGGAACUUCUGCUUACUGACCAAGUGAAUCAUAGCAGUCUUUAACCCUUUGCUUAAUACGAGGCGGUUGCUAGGCAUGCAAAUAGAUCUAAGAGGAAGGUGAGGACUGAAGGUAGGGCGCUGGGAAUCAAGUGGAACCAGCAUGUGCUUUUCCUGGGGUGAAGUGGGAUUUUGGAAGAGAUCUUUUUCUCAGCUGAAAGAUGGCAGACCACCGCCCCCAUCCCCCGUUACUGUCCUGUGCAUCUCAAUCUCCCAACAGUAGUUUUCCACACUCCUCUAACGAAGCAGCUUGGGAAGAGGUGGCGGGGAAAAUAAAUACUUGCAAAUAUUUGU